AUGCAGCUGAAGAGACACACGAGAUGGAAUGCAAUGUCUGACAGCGUUGCGAAGGUGACAGGCGCCCCCCUGAUCUGGAUCGCGAGCGAUCCAGUCCGGUUCAAGACGGCGGCCAGCUUGAGCUAUCACGGGGCCAGGACCCGAAUCUUUCCCAUGAGCAUGGAGAAUGCUUGUCAAACGGCGGAGGCGUCCGCAAGACAUGGUUUAUGCAGCAUUCGCUUAUCAUCAGUAGACGGCCGACGGCACAAAUUACGUUUCGUGAGGUGGACCACACGGUUCUCAUCAAGGACGACGCCAUUCUUGAAGGCCACGUCAACCACAUCAUGUGCAAGAUGUCGAGAAGGGAGUGGCAUCUUCGCUGCGCUCGAGCUGCCAAGCAUCGACGUGAGCGUACCUGCUGGAUCAUGA